AUGGCCCAGACCCUGGGGGAGGACCUGGUGCUGUCGUCAGAACUACAGGAUGAUUCUAGCUCUCUAGGGUCUGACUCGGAGCUGAGUGGGCCAGGUCCAUAUCGCCAGGCUGACCGCUAUGGCUUCAUUGGUGGCAACUCAGCAGAACUGGGGCCUGGUCAACCCUCUGCAGACCUCAUCCGCCAGCGGGAGAUGAAGUGGGUGGAGAUGACCUCACACUGGGAGAAGACCAUGUCUCGACGAUACAAGAAGGUAAAGAUGCAGUGCCGGAAGGGCAUCCCGUCUGCCCUGCGGGCCCGGUGCUGGCCCCUGCUGUGUGGGGCCCAGAUGUGCCGGAACAACAGCCCUGGCACCUAUCAGGAGCUGGCAGCGGCCCCUGGAGACCCGCAGUGGAUGGAGACCAUUGGCAGGGACUUACACCGCCAGUUCCCUCUGCACGAGAUGUUUGUGUCACCCCAGGGACACGGGCAGCAGGGGCUGCUGCAGAUUCUCAAGGCCUACACUCUGUACCGGCCGGAACAGGGCUAUUGCCAGGCUCAAGGCCCUGUAGCUGCUGUGCUGCUCAUGCAUCUGCCCCCAGAGGAAGCCUUCUGGUGCUUGGUGCAGAUCUGCGAGGUCUACCUCCCUGGCUACUAUGGGCCCCACAUGGAGGCAGUGCAGCUGGAUGCUGAGGUGUUCAUGGCCCUUCUGCGGCGGCUGCUCCCUCGUGUGUACCAGCAUCUGCAGCAGGUAGGCGUUGGGCCGCUGCUCUACCUGCCCGAGUGGUUCCUGUGCCUCUUCACCCGCUCGCUGCCCUUCCCCACAGUGCUGCGCAUCUGGGAUGCCUUCCUUAGCGAGGGUGCCAAGGUACUGUUCCGUGUGGGGCUGACACUCAUGCGCCUGGCACUGGGCACUGUAGAACAGCGUGCAGCAUGCCCAGGGCUCUUGGAGACACUGGGGGCCCUUCGAGCCAUCCCCCCUACCCAGCUGCAGGAAGAGGCCUUCAUGUCCCAGGUGCACAGUGUAGCCCUGUCUGAGCGAGAUCUCCAACGGGAAAUCAGGAUCCAGUUGGCCCAGCUGCCCAAGUCAUCUCCUGGGCCAGCACCUCUGCCACAGGCCCGCCUUCCUGGAGCCCAAGCCAUCUUUGAGUCCCAGCAACUGGCAAGGAUUCGAGGAAGCACCAAACCGGAGAUACCCCGAAUAGUGGUGCAGCCCCCAGAGGAGCCCAGGCCACCACGGCGCAAACCACAGACUCGUGGCAAGACUUUCCAUGGGCUUCUGACAAGGGCCCGGGGACCUCCUAUUGAGGGUCCCUCCAGGUCCCACCGAGGCUCCACCUCUUUCCUGGACACCCGCUUCUGAGCAUACCAUAUCUUAAUCAUCUGAAGAGCCACGCCAGUCCCAGAAAUGUGUAUUGCACUUUACUUCGGAGCUGUGUGACUGCUCUGUUCCCAGCAGGGAGCACCUAGAGGAGGGGAGCAUCUCCCCACCUGGACUGUGUCAGGCACAAAGAUAAAGGAAGGUCACCGAGUGGAGAUUGUGAGGAGCGACCUGGUGCCUGCCAGCAUCAAAGCCAGCACUGAAGGAGAGUAGGGGUGAAGCUUCUGGCUGGGAUAUGGUACCCCC